UAUUGACUUCGCAUGAUUCGGUUCCAUCACACAUGUUUCAUGGACUGUCUUGGUCGCUGCCCUGCAGAAUAUCUUGUGUACUCAGUUUUUCGGCGUCAGUCGAUAGUGAAACACAAUGUCAAUUUUUGGCUGUCCUAUGCUGUUUGGUGUGUUGUAUGUUUUACCUUUUUAGAAAUGGUAAAUUUUCUCACCGACUAUUUGCUGUGUUCGUCCGUGAUCAUUAACGUUACACGAAUUAAGUGCUACAAACCGCUGGUUACCGGGCUCCAUUUUUACGGUGGUCUCUUUGGUGCGAUAGCAGUUCGAAACUAAGAAUUCUUCUUCAUUUAACGACAAUCAAGCGAACAGCAAUGUUUCAAAUUGUUUUACUCUAGAGAUGAAUGGGACGUGGCGCAAGCAAUGUUUCUAAGACUCACGAGUGAGCCGCACUUGAAAACCACCUUAUUACGAUCUUUUGAAUUUCGUUUCACCAAUUUUCCACGUGAGGUGUUAGUUCUAAAAAAACCGUUACAAAGACAAUCGUUUUUAUGCCAGGUAAAAAAAAUUAUCGUAUAAUUCCCAAAAAAUAUUUUAGUUUAACGAAAAACUAGCUCAGCUUUGGAGUGUCGCAUCGUAACCUUGACGACGGUUUGGCAUCGAUAUACCCCGGUCGGUCUACGAUCGAAGAAUCCUUCCGGCGCACGCAAUUUUGUUAUACAUUCAAGAAGACUCCAACAAAUCUGACUAGAACUAGCCAAAAAACUGCCAUUGAUGUUGAAGUUGAACCUGUACUCGAAAAACACUGGCCGACCAGGUGAUACCCGAUCGGCAGUGACGGGUCAUGAUCGAUUUGGUCAUGUGGGAGCUCUCCGCUCUGCCAAAAGAUCCUCCGUAAGACCUAGGUUCGCUCCGGUGCCCAAGUGGCGGAUCCAAAAACAAGCCUUGUUGCGCCAGCAACCACAAACUGAACGAUGGCGGCGAUUUUCCGGAAUAAGAGCCGAUGAUUACAAGCUUAUCACCGAUCAGCAAACAUCAUCGUCGAAUAAAAAGCAAAAUGGAUACAAAGCAGACAACUCGCAAGGCCAAGGAAAGUCAGGAUGGUUUUUUGUCGGAGUCGUUUGGCUACGUCAACUUCUAAAGCACAUGCUUACUUGUGAUAAAGAUGCCUGUUCAGACCAAUCGGACGAAUCGCCGGAAUAUUUGAUCCCUCAGUAUUCGUACCGCACGAAAGAGAGUAACAGUAACGGUUCGACGGCGGUCGGCAGUGUGGUGGAUGGUGAGGAACUGGCCGGCUGUCUUGGCGGAUCUAGCGGAAAUGGUGCAAAUGAUGGCAGUAGCGGAGCUGAAUGCAUCGAACUCUGUCAAAUGGAAAGAAGGAUGUCGAGAGCGAGAGGAUCGGAUAUCAGAGAAUUGGCUACCAACAUCUGCCGUCAAUACAUUCGCUCUUCAUCACGCUAUCACUUGCUCGACCACUUAAAGGACAUAGGAUCAAGAAUCGACAAGCAGUGGUUCAUGAUACGCGAUGACUCGCUGAAAACGGAACGACUUUUGACUAUAGUGCCACUGAGUGGAUCACCCGGUUACGGUUGUGACGUCACUACAACUGAUGCGGACGCAACCCGCAACGCCCUCAUCGAUCUCUUCACUGCUCUCCAACACCCAUACAUCUAUCCAGUUUUGGAUGUGGAUUUCGUUUAUGGUUCCGUCGCGUCAACGAAUUCACCUUUCUGCGAAGAGGCUAAACCAGUUCUCGUGGCCGUCUUUCCUUUUAAUACCAAAGGAUCACUCAAGGACCUCAUCUACAGAAGUCGCUGGCAAGAUGAUUGGGGUCAGAAAUAUUGUCAACGAUCUGAGGGACUGCCUCUUCUUCAGGUUCAACGGUUGGGUCGGCAAAUCCUAGAGGCCCUUCUCUUUCUCCAAGAGCGAGGCUUCCCUCCUUUCGGACAUUUACAUUCUGGAAAUGUCAUUAUCCAAAACGGCGUGGCCAGGUUGACGGGCUUCGAGAACACGCUGUUAGGAUUUUCGUCUCGGAUCCAUCCUAUGGUCAAGAGCAUCUUGCCCGGCACACCCGCCGUCGUCGACACCAUCUGUUUUGGCCACGUCCUUUUUGAAAUGUGCAGCGGAUACGAACUGUACGCCCCGAAACCGACAGCUCGACAUUUGGAGGAUUUACAAUCAUAUCCUCAGGUUAUCGAAGUUUUGGAUUACAUUUUUAACAACCCUAGCGACGAAUAUCCAACGAUCGGGAGCCUCGCUAUUCUCGAGUUCUUCCGCAACAUCGAUCUCCGAGAAAUGAGAUGCUCGACGAUUUACUACAACGCCAAGUUGACCAGUGCGGCCUUGAAUCUUCUCGAACAGGUGCAACAAAAACGACACAGGAAAGAGAAACUGUUAUCGAUGCAACCGAAAUGCUAUCGAUAUCACUCCGCACCGUCGCCAAAAUUGGAUUCAGCCUUUUCAACAACUGAAGUUCCUAGUUACAGUACGAGACAGAUUGAAGUUUAUUCAAUCGAAGAUAACAAUCAUCCAAAUGUGGGGACAGAAGAAAACAACGUAAACGAUUCCAACACAUUACCGCAACAACGGAAGCCGCCGCAUGAUUUGCCAAAUCAACCUGCUAUUGAUAAUGAAAAUCUAGAACUACAGGAAGAACAAUGGAACAGCGGCGGUGAUCUGAUCCGGUCGCAGAGCAUACGCUCCGGCUUGAAGUUGAAUCUAAGCAAUAACGUUCAUCGCGGACACAUGGUCCGCACUCGGUCCGCCGUGCCUACCAGUAGUAUCUCACCGUCCAUUAUCUCCUCUCUCAUUUCGCUCGAAGCAUUUGGUGCCAACAAGGAAAAACGACAACAUUCAACCGGCACGUGCAGCGCCAAUGUCCAAGCACAAGCACUUACAUUUCAAAAUUUUCAACAGAAUAUUUAUUGCUCGGAUGACUCUUUUCAAACGCCACUCGAGUCACCUUGCGCCGAGCAAAAGCACUACUUUGACGUUGAUCACGCAGAAGACCAGCCCUUGGUGAUGGUGCUAACUCCGCCCGACGCCAGUGAAUCUGUUCUCAUCGAAGGUUGAGUCCACUUGCCAAUAAUAGCUAGCCUAAUCUUUUAUUGCAUUUUCUUUUUUAAAAUAAAUAAAACUAUAUUGUGAGACGAUUUCCGUUAGCUUCAAAAUUACACCGCAGUCAUUGAUACACAA